AUGCACGAACUGCCACCCAACACUGCCUACCUCGCACACGAAAUCAACGUGAACGUCGCUCAACUGCAAGCCGUGGGCAGCACCCUCUCUCGCAGCAUCAAAAUCGACUUUGCAGUGACCCGCCGGAUUUUCAAGGCCAGCCAAGCCUUCAGCAGUAUGCAGAACACCGUCUGGACUCGUCACGUUCUCGACCUCAGCACCAAACGCAAGAUGUACAACGCAGUCAUCCUGCCGACGCUGGAAUUUCCUUUGCAUGCCAAUUCCUGA